GCGUUACAUCAGCUCAGGCAGCAGCUGUCUGAACACAAGCGAUACAAGCAGCAGCUUCUGAUUGACAGGCACAGGGUCCAGCUGCAGCARCGGCACAAGUUAGACAGCAAGCAGCAGAUGACAGACUGUCCCUAYCAGUGGGCGGAGCUUCAGGAGGUGUUUGUAGGGGAGGAGUCAGAUCUUCAUGACAACAGAAUCUUACUGGAUGAGAAAAACCAAAAGCGUGACAGGAGACAGUACCAGGCUGGCAGACAGCACGGUGCUGAUGGACCAGUAAGGCCUCUGGACUCUGCUGUGCAGCAGAGAUCUGUGGCUCCCAACCAGCUGCUUCAGCACACAUCCCAGCAUUCCCAGCAUUCCCAGCUUCAGCUGCAGGCUGAGCCCCAGCCUGCGGCCCAGCACCAGCAGCCCUCAGGGGGCAGGAGGUCCCACCGCACCCUGCCCAAAGACCAGACCCAGCUGCUGUCGCUGCAGCACGACCACAGGGAGAAGGAGAGGCUGAGGCAGAGAGCGCCGCCUGUGGCCGCUGUCCACAAGCUAACGGCUGUUAGCGGUCACAAAGCUGCUCCUGCUGCUCCUGCUGCUCCUGCUGCUCCUGCUGCUCCUGCUGCCGUGCCCUGCCGCCCUGCAAACACCCAGCGCCCAGCGGUAAACCCUGCUUCCCUCUGCGGACCCUCUGUCCCCUGUGACCCCCACGUGUUGCUGCUCCUCACUCUGUCAGGCUCUGUUUGGUGUUCAGCUUCUCUUUGCACUGCUCCAAUGCAACGCUUUUUCUUUUACACAGCUGACCACUUGAUUUUAUUAAAUGUUAAUCCAGUGGUUUAAAGGUCAGGAGGAAGCAGACUUAACAAAAGUCAACCUGUUAAAACCAGUUUAGAUCUAAGCACGUGAUUUAUCUAAACUUUGACUGGUUUUGGUUCUGUCUGAUGGUACUGUGCUUUGGUUUGACUUGUUCAGGACUUUUAUUUUAUUCAAGAAUGCUGAAAAAUAGAAUUUCACUUACAAAAUAAAUAAAUGAAAAGAU